UGAACACGAUAUUUAAUUAUGCAAACCCCAGAAUAAAUUAAAGUGGAAUCAAAAACCUGGAAAACCAUCUAUCCUCCUUAUAUUGAUUCAACAUUAACUACAUCUUAAGGUAUUCAUUUAAAAUCUAUUAUUAAGGUAGAAGAUUAGGUAAAGUUAAUUGCAUUCCUCAUCCUUAAUUAAUGGAAAUAUCUUAAUGUUUAAGCUCCCUUGGUCUUAGACAUGUAAUUGAUGUACUCAAUACAUUUAAUUAAGUAACAUGCAGGAUUUCCUAAGGAUAUAUUUAAAUAAGGAAGAAUUAAGGUUCGUCUAUUUGCAGAUGAUAAAAAACCAUAUAAUCCAUAAGUUAAUUGCAGUACUAAAGCAUUAUUAUAUUUAGAGCAUUCAUUAUUAUAAUCGAUCGCAAAAAUGAUUAAGACUAUACCAAAUAGAAAAGUUGAAGUUCCUGCAUAUCUUGCAUAAAUGGAAAUUGAAAAGUAAAAUCAACCACGUUAAAAAAAGUAAACGUUAAAUAAAAAAAAACAUAAAAAUGCAUGAGAUUUCG